AUGGCGAAGAACAAAAAGGGCAAAGGGAAAGUGCAGAACGGCAGGGCCGCGCAAAAGGGGAAGGCACAGAAAAGAGCAUCGAGCUUGUACAUCCAAGAUGAUGACUAUGAGGAGGUUCAGAAGAACUUUAGAGGAUUCYCAGGUGCACAGCAGAGAGAYCCACGUACUCACCCAGAAGGUGCAAAAUUUAGACAUUUGCCCAUGAGCUUCGUCAGCGCUGGAGCAUCCGGUAGUAGUGCCGCCCCGCCAGGGAACGAGAACCGCAACGCCAGCGCAUUGAACGCCACCGCAACCGCACCACCUGCCGAUACCACCCACGAGGACAUUGCCAGCGAGGACGACUACGACGAGGAAGAGAAUGAUGACAACGACGACGACAUACAGACCAACAUCAUGAUGGACGUUCAUCUUAACAUGGACAUGGACAACAUGCAGAUCGACGCCUCCAACAGCAAGACAGCUAGCAACGGUAGUAAGAAAGCUGCGGAUGAGGAUUCUGCUGMGUUGGCCGGUAGUCCUUCUACAGAGAUGGAUAUUGAUGAUGAGCAGCCGUCGUUCGUGGUUGACACAGUCGGCGACAGCACGUUGGAAGCUGGCGGAUUCCAUGGCAAGCUCCCAGUCCGCCGUGCGGUCUCGCCAGCAAGGUCUGACUCAAGUGGAGAGGUCAUCUUCUCUGGACGCAACAAUUUGAGGAGUACGGUGGUGGAUGAUGCGGUGGCACAUUCUGAGGAGACCUCACCCACCAAAUCUCCCUUUGAGAGAAGCCCUGAUGUCCGGUACGCUACCUGGAGUCAAGAAAGGCCUAGUCAUGUAGAUUCCCAAGCAGAUGCCACAUUCACCAAGCCAGCACCUCCCCAAUACAAGAAUGGCUGGGCUUCUGGACCGUCGCCAAACGAUACCUUCGUGUCACAGGAUAUAUGGAGAGCAGCACCAGCAAUUCCAUACUGGAAAARGCAGCCGAAAAAACCCCGUCCAGAUAUGAAUCCAUCAGCAGCUGAGGUGAAGGCAUUCACAGAGGCACCAGCGAGAGCGUCCAGAGUACAGUUCGCUGAAGCUACUUCAUCCGGGGAUAAGAAGAAUGCUAAGAAAGCUGCGGUCGAAUCUGAGGGUGACGCAGCACCUGCCGCCGCAAAGGGUAACCGACGCGGCAAGCGGGGACGAAAGAAGGACAAUCGUGCCAUACGGAAGGCGAUCGACUCGGAAGAGACCGACUCAGCUGGAGAGGCAGCGUAUGAUGACUACAUGGAGAACUUGCAAGCACAAGCAGAAGAUUCAGACGAGGCAGGUGCUGAAGGGAACACGUCGUUCAAGUUCGCGUUCGGGCAGAAAGGAUCCGCCAAUCUAGGUCCAUCCAUGGUCGUUGACGGGAAAGAGAUUGGAGACGACGAGCUACUUCCUAAAUCGACGAAGAAACUUGCGGCGCAAGAAGCGGCAAUCGAUGCGGCGAAUGAUGACUCCGAGUGGGAAAGCGACAGCAGUGCUCUCAACCCCAAUCCCGACGAAAUCUCAUCUGACGAGGACCUCUCGUUGGACAGUUCGGAUCUCGAGGAGGACUUGGAGUACACCGAGCGCCAACAGUGGGAGGACGAAGAAGACAUUCGCCAACGCCGCCAGGAUCGAAUGACUGACGAGCAAAUUGCACGGCUGCUAGCCAAACAAGAAGAAUUUGGCAUGGCUGGAGAUGAACUCCUGAUUGAGGAUGAUGGCGCGUUCCCGUAUACGUCAGAAGAGGGUGUUGGUGAUGUCGAAGCUGCGCGUGUCGGUCUUUGGAACAUUACCAACAAUUCCUUCGUCGCACAGAAACCUGGCAUGCGCCGUGGACGCGGCGAUCGCAAGCACAACUUCCCAGAUGCCUCUGCGUUGGCGGACACUGUUGAGCAGUAUGGAGAGCACGGUUUCGAUAUCAUGGACUUUGAGCGACCGUCUUUGCGACCUACGAAGAAGGGCCGGAAGGGUAAGUUGCCGCCAGAACUCGAGCUGCUCUCUGACGAUGAGCUCAAAGCGGAAAUGAGCAACGCCUGGCAGAACGACCGUUAUAAGAAAGCGCAGAAGAAGCUUGAGCGUGAGCAGCUCCGUAGAGAGGGAUUGCUAGGAUCAGCUGGCCGCCAGGGCAAGCCCAAUCUGAACGCCAAGUAUCCGUUGGGCAUGACGAUGGUUGAGGUUCACCACGAACUUCGCAUAUUCUUGCAGGAUGAAGACCUGUAUGAGCGGGCGUUCCCACCUCUGGCUAAGCUCCAGCGGAAGUCACUGCAUGAGAUCGCAGUGGCUUUGAAUCUCAAUUCGAAGUCCGUGGGCGGUGGCAAGAAUCGCUUCCCUAUCGUAUACAAGACGUCGCGAACUCAGGAGUACUCGCCGGAUAUGUUUGACCGGAUCAUGAACGCUUCGGGACAUGGCUUUUUGUCUAGAGGCAAGGCGAAGAAGAUGGCAAAGGGCAAGGCUGGGGGUGCCGGCGGAGGUCCCUCCAGGGGCAAGCCAAUGAUGCAUGUCGCCAACGGUCAAAUUGUGGGUGCUGGUGCUGCAGAGAUUGGCCAGGAAUCAAUGGGCMACAAGCUCAUGAUGAAGAUGGGUUGGUCGAAGGGCCAAGGAUUGGGAAAGGAAGGCGAGGGUAUGAAGACUCCCGUCGAGCAGAAGGUCCGUCUGGGCACUGCUGGUCUCGGUUGA